AUGUCAAACCUUGACUUUUCUAAUUUAUCACCUGCCGACCUUGAGAUUGCCCUGGAUAGUCCCGCCCUGAAGCCGCCAGACGGUGUUCAUCCGAACUUCGAACACCCAUUGAACAAGAACACCAUAUCUCUAGUUUCGAUCUUUCUCUGCUUAGUAGUAGGAUCAACCUUUCUAGGGAUUAGAAUAUACAUGAGAUUUUUUAAGAUGAGACAGCAGCAUAUUGGAGACUAUUUAAUGAUUUUAGCAUACCCAUUUUGGGUCAUUACAGCCGUGGGGUCCCUGCGCCGGAUCUUUGGAGCUACGGGAAUCUUUAUACACGAGUGGGAUUUUCGCGGAAGGGAUAUAGCUGAAUAUCUCAAGGUCAUAUUUAUGGGUAUGUGCUUCUGGGCUGCCAGCACCGCGCUGAUGAAGUCGGCUAUCCUUCUUGAAUGGAUUCACAUAUUCUCCGCCGCAAAUACAAGGACCACUUUCCAUCGGUGCUGCAAAGUCUUGCUUAUAUUUACCCCUUUAUUUUACGCCUCCCUUAUAAUUGCGCUAAAUUUAUCUUGUACUCCUUAUAAAAGGAUCUGGGAUAAAACUGUGGCGGGAACCUGCAUCGACCUGAAAGCCAUCAACAUUGCUGCCACUGCCACUAACGUCGUACUCAACAUCGCCAUUUUGAUAUUACCGCAGGGAAUUAUCUGGAAACUGAAAAUGUCGGAUGCUAAAAAGUUCGGACUUUCUACAGUUUUCGCCGUCGGUAUCUUGUGGGUUCGGUGCACUCGAGCUUCACGGAGUUAG